GCUACUGGUACAAGCGUACACGAUUUUGGACAUUUUGGGACGCCGCCUUGCCGUCCUACAGGCAGACAUGGCGUUCUUCGGGAUCUCUCUGAGAAAGCGUCACGUGGACCCUGGGCUCUUCGGGCAUCUUUCGGCGACCCGGAUUCCCUGGAGCUGCAAAAAGAAGAUCAUCAAGGCGUACAGGGAUGCCACAAGUGCCAGGGUGCUUGAGCUGAACAGGGCAUCGGUUCGGCUUUGGACGAUUCUACUCGGAGAGGGUUACAGGAACCACCAGAGGUUUCAACUGUGGGACACAGGAAGAAGACAGCAUUUUGAACGAAACUGGUAUGUGCGACGAAGAUUAGUGUUGGACGCUGUAAAAAGGUCGAAUGUUGGGUUUGGAAAUAGUUGUAGUUUUGUGAAUGGUGACCAAUCCGCUGGGGCUCGGAGGUGCGGUAUUGUGAAUCCUUGUAAAGUCGCAUUUACAGAGAGGACGGAGGAAUUGUUGAGAGGAGGACCGAAGUUUUGUGUAAAUGUAAAACCGUCGAGAGUAGAUGUUUUUUCCGCGAUCCAGACAAUUGCUAGAAAAGUAGGGUUAGACGAAAGGGUUGCUUUUGUGGACUACGCGGUCAGUAGAAUGGAAAGAGUUGUGGAUGAUUCGUAUAAAAAAGACAGGAGGAAUUUUCAGGCUAUCACGGAAGUAAGAAAGGACUUUAAAUCUAGAUCACUGGAAUUGUUACAGACCGAUAAGAGCGGUAUGUUUGCCGUCCUUCCAUUGGCGGUUUUUGAAAAAAAGUCAACAGAGGCAUUGGACUCGGUAUUCAUGGCAUGGCAAGGCAAGUUGGGAAAAUUAAGGAAGGACAUCUCAGCUACACUUAAAGACGAGGGUUUAGAGACCUUAGCCAGGAAAGUCCUGAAUCAGCCGAGAAGCACUUUAAGUUUAAAAUUCUUCUUAAAGGACCACAAGCCGGAAAUGCCGUUCCGCACGGUUAUUAAUGAGAACGGAACGUGGCAAAGCAUGGUUUCGAAGUUUCUUCAAAAAGGUUUAGACUUCCCUAGAUUGGAAAACAGUCUUUCGUUAAGAAACUCAGACGAUUUUGUUCAGAUUUUAGAUGCUCACCAUGGGAGGCAAUGCUCGUUGAUCUCGAUGGACAUUAAAGAUCUGUACUAUUCUCUUGAAAAACAGCUGUUGAUGAGUAGGGUUAGAGAGGCUUUGGAGCGUAAUUUGGUAAAAUUUCAAUCAGGUACGGGGAUUCCGGUAGAUAGUUUUUUAGCGAUCCUGGAUCUUUAUCUUAAAGCCACGGUAGUGGAGUUCAAGGAACGCAUGUGGAUUCAAAAGAAGGGUGUGUGUAUUGGGUCUGCGGUGGCACCUAUUUUGGCAGAAAUUUAUUUAAACUCUUUGGAUAACGCGAUCUCGGAAAGGCUGGCAGUUUGGGGGUCGGGUGAAGUUUUAGUAAGAAGGUAUGUUGAUGACAUUGUGGUCAUGAGCUUUCAUGGGAAGGAUACGGGAGCAAUAGAGAGUCUGGUGAGAGCCUCAGCACCGGAACUUACCUUUACUGUUGAAGGGCCAGACAGAGGAGUUUUGCAGUUUUCAGAUGUACGUAUUCACGUGCAAGAAGGAGUGUGCUGGGAGUACGGAAAAGAAUCGGCAAAGCCAGUUUUAAGUAGAAGAAGCUGCCAUUCAAAGACUGUGAAGGCUGGGGUGGUCAAAUCAAUAAUCGGAAACGCUCUAAAGAAGUCAUGUCUUCAUUAUGUAGGCCAAGCCCUCAAAAGGCAGUGGGUGAGGUUAGAGGAUGCGGGUUAUGAUAAAGUUUUCAUCACGAGGCAGCUCUCCCCAAGUUUCGGCAAGAGAAAUGGAACAACGAGAGAAAGAAGUAAAAAGGUUGCCGUAGUCCCGUACUACCACAGUGUUUCGCACAACCUUAAAGCGAGUGCUCACAGAUUUGGAGUUGACGUAGUGUUUUCAGCUGAUUACAAAUUAAACAGGAUGACUCUGUUCUUUGCACCUCCAAAGGAAUGCAGAAGGCAACAUCAGGACAGGUCAGUGGCUUGCAAAGGAGGUGUAGUCUAUGAGAUACCCUUAGCAUGUGGUUUUAGAUAUGUGGGGCAAACUUCGCGGUGCGUGAAUGACAGACUGACCGAGCAUAAAAGAAAUGUAAAAAACGGGGCACCGAACUCGGAGAUCGCCAAGCACGUGUCUGAGUGCAACAAUUGUAAGGUGUUUUGGUCGGAAACGGAGGUAAUACAUCGAGAGGAAAAUGAGAUAAAAAGGGUAGUGAAGGAAACAGUCCGAAUUAAGUCGAUGGGAAAUUGUAUUAGCCAGCCAUCAAUGCAUCUAGGAGAAAGCUCAAGAAAAUUCCUCAAGAUGUAA